AUGGUGCUACGAAUGGCGAGACUCACCGACGAUGCCGGCGAAACAUCUGGGAAUCCACCCGACCUCGAUGGAUUUGAUGUUAAUGGGCCUGGAAAUGCCUCUGGAGCGCUUAGUCAAAUAGACGAAAUUGCUGCAGGAACUGCUCUACCAGAUCCAUCUGUGAGCACCGCCAAUGUAAAUAGCAGUGUUAGCGCCAGUCUAUCAUCUCCCGCAUGUCUUCUACCGCCUGCCCUUAUCGAUCAUACUGUGCAUCUCACAGCCCCUUCAUCCGUUGGCUACGUUAGUGCGUCCAAGGUAACGGAUAUCUGCACUAGUGGACUACCCUCCCGAGGACACCAGCAACUACAAUCUGCUAUACUUACUUUUGAAACAACCUGGGCGCGCGCAAAAUCCAUUUGGGAGCAGGUAGUGCUAUGUACAGAGGCAUGUGAAAGCAAGGCCCGCGCCGCUUACUUAGAGUGGGCAAGCUCUGGGUUUCGUUACACAUCUAGCUCCUUUUGA